AUGAAUUCGGACGAACGACGUGAAUACGAGCUCGACUUCACCGGACCACCGCCCAAGGUCGAUUUCGACUUCCAGGCGAUACGGAUACGCGUUUACAAGAACGGUGACGAACGAGACCCUGGGAAACUGAUCACUGUUACUCGUCGAGAGUACAAACAUUGGAUUGUAUUCCUUGACUCUUUGACAAGAAAACUGGGAACAACCACGGCAAUUCACAAACUCUUCACCACUCGUGGAAUACGGAUCGAGCAUUUCACGGAGUUGGAGAACAAUGGUGAAUAUGUAGCAGUUGAACGUGGUCCAUUUAUCGAUUGCAAUUACGGGGCAGGACGAGUAUGGACGCAAACGGAGAGGGGUCACCCUGAGACCAGCAGAGUUGGUCCCGGAGGGAGGAGUCACGUCACCGUACGGGAACAUCCUCGAUCUGAAAAAGAAAUUUUGAGCAAAGAUAAACGUGAAGAUUACGAUGACGAUGACGUCGACUUCCCCACAAAUCCGCACUCACGGACUCCUGGCGAAAAAUAUUCGGUUACGAAAUGGACGUCUCUUGUUCGCGUCACAGAAAGCAAACCCGCAUAUCUGCACUCAGGCGAUAGCAUGGAUAUCUAUUUGAAGAAGGAAGGUUACGGUAGCACUACGGGAUUACCGUAUCCACUGGAUGGUUUAUCCAGAAGUCCAAAUGCUUCGGCUCUUCAUUUAAGCAAUUUGUCAAAGGAAAAGCUUGGCGGCAGCAUGGAACACCUCAAUAAAACAGGCGAUUUGUGGAGUAACAAUAAUCAUUCCUCGAGCAUGGCCAAUAUUCGGGGAGGAGAUACAAAAGAAAUAAAUGUAACAAAAGAACAUUCAACAAGUGUCACACGGCUGCCACGGCUUGUUGGAAUUGAUGACGACACACAAAGGAACAAAUCUAAUAAAUCCACUGCGAAAAUAAAAGAAAGUGCACGAUUACCUCCAAUCAAACGAAACGAGUUGGUACCAGUGUUAAAAGACACAAAGGAGGAAUCCACAAGACGAGAAGAAACUACGAGAGGAGCUACCAGGGAUAUGGGCCGCCCCACACAUGUUGAGAAGAAGGAAAUCGAGGAGACGAAAGACAUUCGAGAGUAUGCGGUUAUCGCAGAUAAACGCCUUCAACCGUGGGAGGGGAACAGUGAAAAAGUAUACGAGAAGAAGGAAAGGAUGCGAGAAGUGGUCACCGAAGGUUCGAAACCACCAUGGACUGAAACUGCACGUCGUCCUGCGAAAAGGACUGAAGUGGUGAGAACAUACGAGAAAAUCCACGAAUACACCCGAGUUAUCGACGAAUAUGAUCCAGACUUUGUGGAUUGA